CGCGACGCAUUUUAAUCUCGACAACGAACGACUUACUUUUACCUGUUUCUUCGGAGGUUUUGGUUUGCGAGUGUUUACGGAUUGCAUUACAUAUAGCGACUCAUUUAUACUUAGACAUCGCCUAUUUGUGUUGCUCUGAUCAACUCACUGCCGCCGUCAAUCCACUGCUCUUAUCCUCAGCAGAGCUCUCUUGAGCACAUUGUAUCGCAAUAUGGCUCCAGAAAGAGGCGGAAAGAGUGUAUUCCUGGGGAAUAUCCCAUACAACCUCACCGAGGAACAGGUCAAAGACAUCCUCAGUUCUGCCGGCACCGUCACGAAAUUCCGUCUUAUGAUGAACCCCGAAACAGGAAAACCCAAGGGCUAUGGAUUUGCAGAUUUUGCAGACGCAGAUGCCGCCGCAUCAGCCGUCCGUAACCUGAACGACUACGAGAUCAUGGGCCGCAAGAUCAGGGUGGACUGGCCGCACAACAACGAGAAGGAUUCCGUGCCAGAGGACUACUCGCAACCGUCGCAAAUACCAGUACAAGAUAUACAGAUGGGCAGCGCUCCCCAGGGAUCUGCACCUUUGCCACCGUUGCCGCCGGGCGUGGAGCUGCCGCCGCAUCUGGACUGCCCCAACGCUAUCUCGCAGACGCUCUCUUCUCUUCCGCCUAAUCAACUUCUUGACGUUCUCGCGCAAAUGAAAUCACUAGUCAUGGCUGACCCGGCACGGGCCACGGAGCUGCUGCGCCAGGCUCCCCAGCUCGCAUAUGCUAUUUUCCAGGCUCUCCUACUCAUGAACCUCGUCGACUACAGUACUCUGGGCACGGUCGUCGAACAAGCUGCGCAGCCUGCAGCAGCUGCACCUCCCCCUGCUCAAGCAUUCCAGCCAUUCAAUGCGGUUCCUACGCCCCCGAUUGUCAACCAGCCCUUCGUUCCUCAGGCGACGCCGCAGCCUGCUGCUAUGCCGGGGCAAGAGGAACUCUUGCAGCAGGUGCUUACAAUGCCGCAGCCAGCUAUUGACGCGCUUCCUCCCAUGGAAAGGAGCCAGAUUAUGCUUCUACGACAGCAAUUAAUGCAAGGUGCGAUGAGGUAGCGGUUGCAUUUUCUUUUGUUUCUAUCUUUCACUCGAUCUAGUCGUUUUUGGUUUCCGUUUUUAAAGGGCACUCGGAAUCAAGUAAUGGAAUGGCGUCAGGGAUUGAUUUUCAGGUUUGAUUCAUAUUGGACAGCGAGUGUAGUAUACUUGAGACUGUCAAUUCAUUCAUAAUAGUCAUUACAAAUCAGUAGACCUGAAUAUGAGUAGAAGUGAAUACAAACCUGUUGUUCCCUG